GACAGGAUAUCUGUUGUACUGUUUAAAGAGUGAGCGGUGCUUCCUCAAGCUUCGGUUUCGUGAAAGUAAACAAAAUAGUGAACAACGUCCAGAGGGAAAUAUUCCUUGUAGUUGGCAAAGUUAGAUAGAAUAUCUUCAAGAUGGUUUGUGGGGGAUUUACGUGUUCUAAAAAUGCUCUUUGUUCACUCAACGUGGUGUACAUGUUGGUUGGUCUGCUGCUGAUCGGCGUGGCAGCGUGGGGGAAAGGCUUCGGCAUCGUGUCCAGCAUCCACAUCAUCGGCGGGGUCAUCGCUGUGGGCGUCUUCCUACUGCUUAUCUCCAUCGUGGGUCUCAUUGGAGCCCUCAACCACCACCAAGUCAUGCUCUUCUUCUACAUGGUCAUUCUGUUCCUGGUGUUUCUUUUCCAGUUUGGUGUGUCCUGCUCCUGCCUGGCUAUUAACAAGGGACAGCAGGUGAAGCUGUUGAGUGCUACCUGGGCGUUGAUGAGCAACGACACGCGGCUGGGCGUGGAGAGCAAGUUGAACUGCUGUUGGCUGCUGAACAACAACCAGAGCAAGGAGCAGUCCAACGAGGACGUGAAACUCUGCAAUGCGCCCUGUAAGCAUGCCGGGUUCUGUUUCACCUGUGGGGACUUGAUGCUGCAGCACGCUGCAGAGGCUCUGAAAAUCCUGGGUGCAGUAGGACUCUUCUUCAGCUUCACAGAGAUCUUGGGUGUGUGGCUGGCUGCACGUUACAGGAACCAGAAGGAUCCAAGAGCCAACCCCAGUGCAUUCCUAUAAGAGCAGAGCGUGAAGAGGCCCACAAGUUACGCACCAUGAUAUAGACAUACACACACGCAAAAUACAACAUUGGAGAUACACAUACAUACACACAGAUGUGCCAAUAUGAAAAGAACAACACACACUCGCAGCCUGAUGCCAAUUGACAACCCACUAAGUACAUUCUGGUUCUCACAUGUGCAUACACACACACUGGGGAAGAAAAGGCCAUGUUGGUCUGUACAGUUUCUUCUCAUGUACGAUAGGACAGCUUUUUUUUGUAUUACUUCUAUGUCAGUGUUUCUCAACCUCUGGUCUGUGGACCUGCACUGCUCUUUGGGAUAAUGGGGACCACUCCCUCAGAUGCUAAUACUUAUUUACUUUGUUCUUAAUUAGAAGUUUUAAACAACACAUUUCUCCAGAGGUAUAUCUGGUUCAUGUUCAUUAGGCACCAAACAGAAGAACAUGUACAGAAACAAGGAGGGACCUGCACUUUUCCAAUAAGAAAGUUUUUAUUUUCCAUUCUACGUUUUGCUACGGUGUGCUCUAAUGAAUAUGAGCCUGUGCUCACUAGUCCCUGGUACCAAACCAGUUGAGAACGACCCCAUUCAGAGACCCCUAUCCCUGUCUGUCCAUGAUGUGGGUAGACUACACAGACGCAGCACCCUGUGCACCAACUACCAGCAUAGCACUGUGUGUGAUGGCAUACACAGAAUUGAUAUUUUUUUAACCAAGAAAAAUCUUUUAUAAUUUAAGGGUUUUGUCUAUGCCACAAAAUGUUGCAAUUGUGACGAUUUUACAUAGUAGACUUCUGUGUAGCUUCUGUUGAUUUUUAACAAGAUGUCAUUGGGUGCGGUGUGGCCAUCAAUAUUUCUUGACAAAGAAAGCGGUGCCUUAUAGAUCAUGUCAUGUUAGUGCCUUGGGUGGGAAUUAGAUUUUGUGCCAAACUAUUGAUUAAGAGGGGAUACUGAAUUGGAUAGUCUAUAGAGACAUUUCUCUUCCUUUUGAGCUAAAACAUUAAGCACUUUAAUGGAGUUCAGACAAUAAAAACGUAGGCGUAAUUCAGUUAACCCCCCCAUCUAUCCACAUAGCACUUUAUUCAACACAUGCAUUUGCUCCUGUAUAAUAUUACAUUUGUUUUGUUUGUGGUACUAUGGACACUAGAGGGCUUUGACACUGAGUAAAAGUUGUCAUUAAACAAUUCAUCUGGACCACCAGAGUUAAUACUGGAGAUAAUGCCUUUGUGGAGAUGCUAUGGGAAAUGCAACAUGUUUUUCUCACAUCUCUCCUUGGCCUGUCCUGAUAUGCACCACCCUCACCUCAAUUGUCUCUAGACAUAGAGCUAGGACAUUUUAACAUAUUUAAUGAAUGAACAAAACAUGUUUGCCAGUGUUGAUAGUUGUCACACACUCCUUCAUAAAAUAAGUGCAGCCAGUCUCAAAAGUUGAGACAAACUGUAGUCUGGAGAAUUAAAAUGAAUUUAACGCUUUGAUUAGGAAUAUACAAUUAAGGGAAAAUGUAGAACUACAGCACAAAGCAAUGGGCAGCACAGUUUUUGGAUGAUCUAGCUUAAGUGGUGUUCCACUACCUGCCUUCAUAUGUUGACACUGAACCAUCUGAUCCUUUUCUGUGCAUUUUUGUUUCCACUUUAUCUAUUUUGUAAUUAACCUGAAAGUGUUUUCCUAGUGGCACUUUGCCAGAUUUUAUUUAUUUGCCUGUCAUUGGAGGAAAUCAUUUGCUAUGGCCUAAUUGAUGCAAUCUUGAAAGAAGUUUAAAACUAGGGAUGUGCCUGUAGCUUUUAAAUACUUAGCAUACCAGUGACUGUUCACAAUAAUUGUCAAUUUGCAGCAUCUUAAAACUGAGCAAAGAGUUGAGGAAUGAGUUUUAUUAAGUAUUGCCCUUAAUGGUAACUCUGCUAAAAGCCUUUGGUUGCACAGCAAUGGGUUGUCAGAGUUAGUAUAUUAGUGAUGUGGCACUUCCGACGGCUGUGAGACUGCCACUAUACGUCCUGACUCAAGGUUUUGACCCUAAAGUUUGUCCAUGAUUGACAGAAUGACUCAUGUUCUAGAUUAUGGCAGUCUCAGCUUCCUGUUGCUUUUCACCCAAAUGGCUCCCUAUAUAGUGGACUGCUUUUAAGUAGUGCACUAUAUACGGAACGGGAUGCCAUUUGGGACUCAACGUUCUUACUGUGGACUUGAUUGCCUGCUUAACCUUAAGGUUUAUUUUUUGUGCAGCACGUUUUUCCUAUUAAAUGUCAUGAUUCAGGA